GGCCAAUAGCUGAGUCAAUGCUUUUUUUUUUUCUUCUCUUUUAAAGGUAUCACAUGUCACCAGUGGGCCGUGCAGCUUUAACACAGUACACCGAACACAGUAGGGAAGUAAAGGCACUUCCUCCUUCCACCACACUGGUUGCUCUCAAACCAGCCACUUUAAUAGGAAGUCGGAUAAUCGUGGCAACAAUGUGGAUCCAGCAGCGUGUCGGGAGCUGGUUCAACUGACUUCUCUGCUUUCUACUUUCCAAUGACACCGAGAUUAAAUCAGUAAAACAUCCAGUUUCUGUGCGUAAAAGUGUCUCCGGAGCGCAGCAGCCCUUUUUCUGCCACAAUGGCUGCGACGUAGCGCAACUUUUUUGGAUCAACGGUGGAUGAACGACAGCUAACUUUUUACACACUAGCAGGAGACACAGAGGAGGAAAAUAAAGCAACAACAUGAAGAAACAGUUUAACCGCAUGAAGCAACUCGCCAACCAGACUGUUGGAAGGGCUGAGAAAACUGAGGUGCUGAGUGAUGACCUCCUACAGAUCGAGAGGCGGCUGGAGUUGGUGCGUGUGGUGUCGCACAACACACACAAGAGGCUGGUGUCCUGUCUGCAGGGUCAACUCGGCACCGACACCGAGAAGAGACAUAAAAAGCUGCCUCUGACGACGCUGUCCCAGGCCAUGCAGGAGGGAGGCAGUCAGCUGGGAGACGAGAGUCUGAUUGGCAAGAUGAUGGAUGUGUGCGGGGAGGCUGAGAACAGGUUAGCGACUGAACUGAUGCAGCACGAAGUCCAGAUUGAGAGAGACAUCCUGGAUCCUCUCAACCAGCUGGCCGAGGUCGAGAUUCCCAAUAUACUAAGACAGAGAAAACAACUCGCCAAGCUGGUUCUGGACUACGACUCGGCCAAGACGAGGUGGUACCAGGCAACAAAGUCCAACAACCAGGCCAUGGCAGCUAAGGCCGAUUCUCUCAAAGACGAGAUGGACGAGGCUCUCAACAAAGUAGAAAUAUGCAAGGACCAGCUCUCUGCAGACUUGUACAACUUUGCUUCCAAAGAGGGAGAUUAUGCGCGCUAUUAUGUCAUGUUAUUAGAGGACCAGGCAGACUACCACAGGAGGUCUCUGGCAGCUCUGGAGGCAGCUAUACCGACUAUCCAAAUACAGCAAGACUCCUGGAUGGAGAAGCCGGCGUUCGGCACGCUGCUGGAAGAGCACCUGAACAGGAGUAACCGGGAGAUCGCUCUGCCCAUCGAGGCCUGCGUCAUGAUGCUGCUGGAGACCGGCAUGAAGGAGGAGGGUCUCUUCAGAAUAGCUGCCGGAGCUUCAAAACUGAAGAAGCUAAAAGCGGCGCUGGACUGCUCCACCUCGCAGCUCGAGGAGUUCUACUCUGACCCCCACGCCGUCGCCGGAGCCCUGAAGUCCUACCUCAGGGAACUUCCUGAACCUCUAAUGACUUUUGGCCUGUACGACGAGUGGACACAGGCCUCUAAUGUGUCUGACCCUGACAAGAGGCUGCAGGCCUUGUGGGUGACAUGUGACCGUUUGCCAAAGACUCACAAAGCAAACCUCAGGUAUCUGGUGAAGUUUCUGGCUAAACUGGCUCAGGACAGUGACGUCAAUAAGAUGACUCCCAGCAACAUCUCCAUAGUCCUCGGGCCCAACCUGCUCUGGGCAAAGGCUGAGGGGACGCUGGCGGAGAUGGCAGCAGCCACGUCGAUCCACGUGGUCGCCAUCAUCGAGCCCAUCAUCCAGCAUGCUGAUUGGUUCUUCCCAGAUGAGGUGGACUUCGACGUGUCGGGCAUAUUCGCCAUGCCGACCCACCCGGCCACCCCGGCCACCCCGGACCCCGAACCCGGCCUGGAAAGGAGACGCCCCGGCAGCCUGGUGGGGCAGGACGGGGACAGUCACACCCCCCGUAAAGACAGCACUGUUAACAAACAGCCGGAGCCCACUCCACGUAGAGCCAGCGCUGUAAAUAGAAAGCAGCCACAUCUAACCUCACCCACCUUCCAACCCCCACUGCCCCCUCUGGAAGCCGGGGGUCCCGCCGCCCAGCCCGCUGAGCCCCAGCCCCAGCUUCCGACCCCGGCUACAGAGGCUGAGCAGCCGGGCCUGAGUGGUGCUAGUAGUGGUGGUGGUGUUGGUGGUGGUGGUCUGGGUGGUGGGGUCCAGGUAGCCGCAGUGCAACCUCAGGUUGUAACCCAGCUCAGCGCAGAGGACAGCAGCCCGGCCCGUGAACACACAUCCACCCCCCCUCCCCAGAGGAAUGGUUCGGUCCAUCUUACAGUAGGAACGCCCCACUCUCAGGGUGGAUCCAGGGGGCCGAGUCCACACCUGGUUCGCAGAGGCACCAAGAAGCAGGCCCCAGCCCCGCCCAAACAGUACAGCCCCUUCGCCUCCCAGCCCAGCAACACCCAGACACCCGGCUCCCCUCAUCACCCACCCAUCACCCCCCGACGCCACCCCAGCAAAGACAGCCUAAUUCACGCCCCGAGCCACCCGCCCCCGCAGCCCCCUCAAGCAGCCCACCAGGCCCAGGGCGAGUCGGAGCACUCUCCCCCCAGCACUCCCACCCCUCCCGACACUCCGCCUCACGACGGGCCGCACUCCAACCCGCUGUCUUUCUACCCCUCUGGAUCUCUCCCUCGCCCCUCCAGGCCGGCACCCAAGCCACGGCCCCGACCCAGCAUGGCGCCGCCUCCGCAACCUGCAGCAAAUGACAACGGCAUCGUCGGCUCCGCCUCCAAGAUCAUAACAGACGGAACCCUGUUCCUAAAGGGGCUUGGACGAGCCCUCAUCCCGGAGGUGAUUGCGGACCAACAAGGGGAGAGCUCUGCUGGUCAAGAGCCCGUCGCCGCCACCGCCACCACAGACCCGUCCCUAGACCCUCAGAUCCAGACGGAGUUCACCGCUCUGUGAAAAAAAAAAAAACCAGAGGCAUCACAGUCAUUGAAAUCCUCCGGGUCCACGCAACAGAUUUGAGUGUUUAGAAUCAAAUAUCAGAGAAGGUAAAAACGCAUCAGCUCCUCACACUCCACGCACAUGAUGCCAGACUGCCUUUUCUUCUGUUUCUGCUGAGACUCAAACCAGAAACCUCAAAACUCCUGGUCCAGCUAUUAGACUUCAUAUCAAACUCCCUUUGUUCUAUAUACUGCUGGGUAUUUUAAGAUUGGACUGCAGAGCCGUGCUUAGCCUCGAGGCUAAUGGGACUUAAAUAUAUUAUAUAACCUGAGCACAUAGCAGCUGAACUCAACGGGUGCUAAGCUUUUGUUUUUUAAAUCUUGCUAUUUUUGGAAAUCUGUGAAUCUGGUUUUAACACCACAUAGACUCAACAACUAGUAUUUUUUUAAUUCAGCAGAGUUGUGUGGAGAUAUAUCGGAGUGUUAGCCAGCCGCUGAUGAUCUAAAUGCAACGUUCAGCUUGUGUAAAGGACCAAAGAAACGGGCCAAAAGGUAAUUUAAUGAGAAUUUCAGAGCUGCUCGGCUUCUGUUGUGGUUGUUAAUGACCAAAUAUUUUGUGCAAUAUAAAGUGCAGUUGUCUUCCAGUGGUGUCCUCUCCACAGCCGUGCUGUAAGUUUUUGGUAUUUCAGGUAGUUUUCCUUCUAGUAAUCCAGUGGGGUAGAUUUUUUAUUUUAUUUUCAAUCUGAAUUUUAGUUGAUUCCAAAUGGCUUUAAAGCUCAAAUAUUAGCUUUUAUCAUUAAAAGGGAUUUUUUCUAACAGAUUUAUUGUGAUAAAUGUAUUUUUAAUAGCUUGUAACUGAUCACUCAAAGCUCAAAGCUACGACCAAAUACAGCCAAAUUCUUCUUUGUGUAUAAUUUUUUUUACUACGGCUGAUGAGUUUUACCUUGUUGGGGGUGUUUUUUUCAGCUCUUUGAUUAUGUUUUUUUUUUUUUUAUUUCUUCUCAGCAUUUUUAUGUUGGCUUUUCUGCACAUAAUGCAUCAAUAAUCUUGGUAAUUAAAGGUUAUUCAACAUUUUA